UGUGGACCUCAGCGUUUGUGUGCAGAACAAUAACCUGCAUGAUGCUGUGCUUUAGGAGGAAAUGCUCUGCCACUGGUCAGUGAGCCGAAAUCAUGUUUUCCACCUGCUGAAGAGUGGAAGAGCCUUGCACCGCCACUUGUGUAGGUUCAAUAUGAAGUUAUUACAUAGUGGAUGUUUUGGUGGGAAUCAUUUCUAACGGAGGAAAACCACUUUCACUCAUGGCCAGUCUGGAAAGGAAUAACAAAAUCUUGCUUGAUUUGGUGCGACAGCCUGGUAACAACAUAUGUGCUGACUGUGGAGUUCCUGAGCCUGACUGGGCCUCCUACACGCUUGGUAUCUUUGUUUGCCUCAACUGCUCAGGGAUGCAUCGCAAUUUGCCCGAUGUCAGCAAAGUGAAAUCCAUACGUUUAGAUCACUGGGAAGAUUCACUAGUAGAGGUACAGUUUAUGCAAGAGAGGGGAAACUGUGCCGCCAGAGCCAUUUUUGAGAAGUGUGUCCCUGCCUUUUUCUACCGGCCGCAGCAAAAAGACUGCAUUGUUCUCAAGGAUCAGUGGAUUCGUGCAAAGUACGAAAGACGGGAAUUCACUGGGGAAAAUAACUACUAUCAGCAAGUUUAUCAGUCAGAUCUGUUUGAGACAACACUAUGGAAGAAGGGAAAAGACAACAAGCACUUUCUGAAGAGGAGCUUCCUCCUGUCCCGGAAAGACUUCACCCUCAGAUACUUCAUUAAGGGGGACUCCAAGGUUCCCAAAGCUGUCAUCAGCGUAAAUGACCUGAAUGCAGUUUUCCAGCCAGAGAAGGUGGGUCACGCUCACGGCCUGCAGAUCUCCUACCUGCAGGACAAACGUAUGAGGAAUCUGUUUGUUUACCAUGAGAAUGGGAAGGUCAUUGUAUCCCUAUUCAAUGCUUUACGGGCAACACGCCUGGCGUACCUCCAGAGGAAACAUCCCACUCUUCGAGACAAUGACUUAAUACCUCAGUUAACCAGACACUGUCUGAAGGAGGGAUACAUGGAGAAAACUGGCCCAACGCAACGAGAGCCGUUCAAGAAAAGAUGGUUCACGCUGUGCUCCAUGGACAGAAAGCUUCUGUAUUUCAAAACUCCACUGGACGCUACAGAGCUGGGCGCUGUCUUCAUUGGCACAGAAAGCCACGGCUACUCAGCGUCAGAGAGCAGCAGCGGCAGCAAGAGCACGAGGGGAGGCCGGCGGCACUGUGGCAUCAGCCUGCAGACUCCAGGCAGGCAGUUUGUGUUUCUGUGUGAACAGGAGCAAGAGCAGAGGGAGUGGCUGGAGGCUUUUAGAAAGGUCAUCUCUCAACCCAUGACCCCAGAGGACUACGCUAAUGAAGCCAACUUAAGAAGAGGAAAAUGAGCAAACACAUCAAAUACAAAAAGAGUCCAGGAUGCAAUGAAGAGAAUUGAACAGAAUGAUUGCCUCAUUUCCAAUAUGCUCUUACACCUGUUUGUGAGGACAAAGAAAAAUUAAUGGGAAGACAAUUCUUUAUUUGUCUCACUGUGCAGAAAUGUAUCAAAAAUCAGUAGCAUAUAAGAAAUAGGUAAUAAGUCAGGUAAAAGAAAAUUUACAACAAAAGAAACCAAAAAAAACUAGCAGGAAUAACAAUACAUACACUGGAUUGCAUGUAGCAGAUGUUGACAUAUCACAAAUAUUGCACAGUUAAAAUGAUUAAGACAGGGUCUCAAAACUGUGGUGCUUGUCGUUGAAGCAGCGCAGGUUGUACAGUGUGAGGGGAUAUUGUCCACUAUAUCAUAGAUCAUUUUUAAUGCACGUAAUUUGCUAUUGUUGUAGUAAUUUUGUAUUUUUUGUUGAAUUAUUAUGGACAUUUGUGAUUACAUACUGAGGUUAUGUCAGUCUUUUACACAAUGAUGCUUCACAGCUGUGUAUAAAAGCCAAACUGAAAACUGUUCACAAGUGGAAUAAAUUUGAUUCUUUGUCAACUGA